AAUUUCAAUUCAACAAAACGAAUCGAAAGUUGGCUGUUGUUAGUUGUGUGGUGAAGCGUUGUUUGCAAUGGCGUUUUUAAAUUUAAAAUACGUUCAAAUAUUACUAUGUUUAGCAACAGUUGCAAGUGGUCUGCGCACGCCCACGAUAUCACACAUAACUCAAGAGCAGAUCCGUGACAUCGGCGGCCAGGUGGACCUCGACUGCUCCGUGCACUACGCACAGGACUACCCCGUGCUGUGGAUGAAGUACGACCGCCAGAAGACGACGGAGGCGCUGCCGCUGUCCUCCAACUCGGGCCUCAUCAUCCGCGACUCGCGAUUCUCCAUGCGCUUCGACGCCGCCUCCGCCACAUACACGCUCUCGAUCAAGGACAUCCAGGAGACGGACGCGGGCUGGUACCAGUGCCAGGUGCUGCUGUCCGUCAGCAACAAGAUAACGGCCGAGGUGGAGCUGCAGGUGCGCCGGCCGCCCGUCAUCUCCGACAACUCCACGCGCUCCCUCGUCGCCAGCGAGGGCGAGAGUGCACAGAUGGAGUGCUACGCCGGCGGCUUCCCCUCGCCGAAGAUAUCUUGGCGCAGGGAGAACAACGCCAUCCUGCCCACCGGAGGCUCCAUAUAUAGGGGCAACAUCCUGAAGCUGAACUCUGUGCACAAGGAGGACCGCGGCACGUACUAUUGCGUGGCGGAGAACGGCGUGGGCAAGGGCGCGCGCCGCAACAUCAACCUCGAGGUGGAGUUCGCGCCCGUCGUCACCGUGCCGCGCCCCCGCCUCGGACAGGCGCUGCAGUACGACAUGGACCUGGAGUGCCACGUGGAGGCGUACCCGCCGCCCGCCAUCUCCUGGCUGAAGGACGAGGUGCAGCUCUCCAACAACCAGCACUACAGCAUCUCGCACUUCGCCACCGCCGACGAGUUCACGGACACCACGCUGCGCGUCAUCACCAUCGAGAAGCGCCAGUACGGCCUCUUCACCUGCAAGGCGCAGAACAAGCUCGGCACCGCCGAGGGACAGGUGCAGCUCUUCGAGACGAUAAUCCCGGUGUGUCCGCCGGCGUGCGGGCAGGCGCGCUACAGCAGCGCCGCGCCCCCCGCACCCACCGCACCCACCGCCCUGCUCCCCGCAGCCGCCAUAGCCGCCACAGUCGCCACAGCCGCCAGAGUCUUCCAUCCCGGAUAUUAAUUUCCCGGGGCUGCAGCUGGACCCGCGGCUGCGCGGCGCCGCCCCGCGCGCCCCGCACACCCCCCGCACCCCCCACACACACCUGCUGCCGCUCCUCUCCUGCCUCUUCUACCUUUAUUAAAUCUGAUCGUACGUAUUCCAUAUAAUAUCGUAUCUCCCUUGUACUUGUGAAUGAAUGGAACGAAUAAACUACAUCUACACGUUAACGUACAGUGAACGAAUGAAACGAAUGAUCUAUAUCUAUCUUGAAACUUGUCUAACAUUUGCACAUUUUAUAUAAUAUUUAUUUGAAGAGGACUUCUUUAAACCAAAAUUAUUAAAUUCCCUUUUUCGGUUACAUUUCAUUAAAUUACCUCAUUUUUUUUAUAUCUGUCUCUCUCUAUCUCUUGCAAAUAUAUAAAGUCUUAUGUCAAAGUACAAUGAAUUCGAUAAAGUGAUACAUUUCAUACAAUAACAAUAAAUAUAGAAAUAUUAGUAUAUUAUAUGAAAGUAAAGAAUAGAAAUAUUUAUAUAAUUUCCCGUAGAGAGAUACAAGAAUAUUUACAUCUUGACAAAAAAAAAUUAUAAUUAUAAAGAUGUACUUAUAUAAUAUUUUCUAAUUAAUUAUAUAUUUUACGGUCGUAAUAUAAAAAUCUUUGAAAAUGGACUGACUUGAACUUGUAUUGUUGGCAACACUGCGACAGUCGGCCAUGUUGUAGCAAAGAUGGCGGAUAUUUUCAAAACUAAAUUAUUUCGCUAAAUAUCAUUAGAUAUGUAAGCUUAUCAAAUUGGCUUUUUUCUCUAAAUUGAUCUGAAAAAUUUCACAUGUUUUAAAUUUGAUUUUAAUUUUUUAAGUCAUUACGAAAAUAAUAGUUAAUUUUUGAAUAUCUGUAUGUUAGUAUCGGUAGUUUACGUACGAUGUAAGGCUGAUUUUUAUAUCAAUAAUGCUUUUAUGUAGAAUUUAAUCUUUUAUAUAAUAAUUUUCAAUGACAUCACAUGUAGACAUUUACAAAACAAUUAUGUAUAGCUUAGAAUAAGAAUAGAAUAGUAAACUUAGGACUCUAAAACAAUGAUCUGAAUAAAAAGGAUGUGUUUCUUAUAAUAAAAUGGAUGUAAGUUUUCUAAAACGGAAUCAAUUAGGUCUAUAAAUAUACAAUAACUAUGUUAACAAGUGUUCAUAGACAUUACAAAUAUAGAAUACGAUUUUAGUAUAGUUUAAUACUUUUGUACCGAGAAUAUGACUAUGUCACACUAUCUGAAGUUACCGAAUAAUAAAUUAGCUGUUGCUCGCGACUUCGCCCGUUGAAAUU